UUGUUACUCAUAAUAAUACAUAAAACAUAAAUAGGGUUUAACGCUGUCGUUUUGAUGCUCGCUUGAAGGCAAAAAGCUUCUGAAAUUGGGGUUUAUUCAUUCAUCGCCGUAUACCUAACCCUUCACUACUGCCGCAGCCGCAACAAUUCCAAAUCCAAUGGCUUCCGAGAAGAAACUUGCGAACCCAAUGAGGGAGAUUAAGGUUCAGAAGCUCGUCCUCAAUAUCUCCGUCGGUGAGAGUGGAGAUCGCCUCACCAGAGCCGCCAAGGUCCUUGAGCAACUUAGUGGCCAAACUCCAGUUUUCUCCAAAGCAAGGUACACGGUUCGGUCCUUUGGGAUUAGAAGAAAUGAGAAGAUUGCAUGCUAUGUCACUGUUAGAGGUGACAAGGCAAUGCAACUCUUGGAGAGUGGUUUGAAGGUGAAGGAGUACGAACUUCUCAGGAGGAACUUCAGUGAUACCGGAUGUUUCGGCUUUGGAAUUCAGGAGCACAUUGAUUUGGGAAUCAAGUAUGAUCCUUCAACUGGUAUUUAUGGAAUGGAUUUCUUUGUUGUUCUGGAGCGCCCUGGCUAUCGUGUGGGUCGUCGCCGCAGAUGCAAGGCCCGCGUUGGAAUUCAACACCGUGUCACAAAGGAUGACGCGAUGAAGUGGUUCCAGGUCAAGUAUGAGGGUGUCAUACUUAAUAAAUCCCAGGCAAUUGUUUAGUUAAACCGAGUUAUCUUAGGAGUAUGUUACCGUUUUUGGCAACAAUAGUUUGGUUUCUUCUGGACAAUGUCUUAAUUUUCAGGCAGGUUUUGAAUCACUGUUUUUAUGAUAUUUUAUGUUGUUUUAUUAAGCACACGGAUUACCUAUAACUGUGUCAAAUACUCCUAUGCUAAGUUUGGAGCCUCCGGUAAAGCAUGGCUACAAUUUGCGAUA